CGGGACCCCGGGAUCCGAGAUUGCACCGGCUCUGCCGCAUUAUAAAUACUUCUCCAAAAUGCACCGCUGUUCCUUUCUAUCUUUCCAGCUGGUUCCAUCCGUUUCGGGCUCAUAAACGACCAACCACAGGCUUGGGGGGAGGGGGGGAAAGAAGAGCCCACUCACGGCAUUCCUUUUCAAAGAUAUUCUAGUAUUUAAGUUAAUAUAUCUUUAUUAUUUUUUGCACACCUAGUCUCUUUCCCGGCCAGUUUGCAUGCAUUGUCUGUCUCCCAAAAUGGUUUGCGAGACGAAAAUCGUGGCAGAAGAUCAUGACACCAUCCCCGGCGCCAAGAAAGACACAGUGAUCGUGUCCUCCUCCCAGAUGUGGCCCUCGCUCUCCGGCGGCUCAGCGCCCUCCCCGGCGCCGCCGAUGCCGCCCCCCAGCGCGGCGGCCGGCGAGGUGGCGGGUGAAGAUGGCAAAAAGGAGCACGUCUGCAUCCGCGAGUUCCACCCUGCAGAGCAAGACACGGUGCGCCGCAUCUUCUAUGACGGCAUCAUGGAGAGAAUCCCCAACACGGCGUUCCGGGGCCUGAAGCAGCAGCCCUUCACGCAGCUGAUGUAUGUGCUCCUGGCGUUGCUGUGCUUUCUACUGACCAGAUGUCUGUUGCUCACCUGCUUCGUGCCUGUCUUCCUUCUGGCUAUGAGGUAUUACUACAGCCGGAAGGUGAUCCUCACCUACCUGGAGUGUGCCCUGCACACGGACAUGGCUGACAUCGAGCAGUACUACAUGAAGCCUCCAGGUUCCUGCUUUUGGGUGGCCGUCCUGGAUGGCAACGUGGUGGGGAUCGUCGCGGCGCGGGGCAGCGAGGACGAUAACACGGUGGAGCUGCGCCGCAUGUCUGUGGACUCGAGGUACCGAGGCAAGGGCAUCGCCAAGGCCCUGGGCCGCAAGGUGCUCGAGUUUGCCGUGCUCAACAACUACUCGUCCGUGGUGCUGGGGACCACCGCCGUCAAAGUGGCCGCGCACAAGCUCUACGAGUCGCUGGGCUUCAAGCACAUGGGGGUGGUGGAGCACUACGUCCUGCCGGGAAUGACGCACUCCCUGGUGGAGAAGCUCUUCUUUCAGCUCCGCUACCACCGCUACCGCCUGCAGCUACGCGAGGAGUAAACGCGCCCUUUCAACCGCCGGAAAAACCAAACCCAGCCCUACCCGAUGGUUCUCCUCCCUCUUUUCCAAACGCUUAACCCAGCACUUUCACGGAUUGUGGUUUGUUUGUUUUUAGGUUGUACGGUUUAUUUGGCCGGUUUUUUUUU